AUGGAGUCGGGUCACCGUGAUACUUCAGCCGGCGCACGGUCCUCGCCUGCCGCUUCGGUGAAGGCCGACAAACUCCGUAACCAACAAGAACUUGAGCGCCUUCAGGCCAAGUACGUUGGCACGGGACACCCCGACACCACCAGCUGGGAGUGGAAAACAAACAUCUACCGCGACACGUACUCUUCCAUCGCCGGCCACCCCCCGAUGCUCUCAUACAUGGCCCUGGCUGAAAACGAGCCUACACAGCUACUCCGUGCGAGACUUAUCCGGGUAUAA